CCGAUCGGUCAACAAUCCAAAGGGCAAUCUGAAAGACAAACGUGAUUAAACAGGCUCUGGGUCCAAACCUUAAUAUCAGUCCAAACAGGCAAACAAUCCAACAAGGGUAAUCCGUAAGUUUGUGAGUCAGAAAACAAAGCAGGAUCAUACACAUAUAAACAGGCAGAAUAAUCAAAGGAAACCGCUCAGUAAAGUAGGUGAACUGGCAAUACUUCACAAUGAGAGAGCACAUGGUCACUGUUUAAAUAGUUCCAAACAGGAAGUGAAUGUAGAAGCAGCAGAGGGAGCGAGGAGAUCAGUAUUCGGGUGAGGGCUCCCUCUGCUGGCUUGGCAUUACAGAAUGCUGAGGACUUUGUUUUGUUGGCUUUGGUCCAGCCCUUUUAGGUUUGGUUACAACGCGUUCUCCUCCCACUGACAGGCAGCAGAGAUGAUUGAACUCACCUGGACCACAGGAAAUUUAAGAGGCAAGCGCAGAGCUUAAUGUGAGUGCUGAGAGAGCUAAUGUGACUGGACUGUGCGCUUAAGGGAAGAGGGGAACGCUUUGGGUUGCUCAAGACCGUUAGGGUUUGUCCGGCAAUGAAGAUAGCUAGACAGCGCUGGUGCGUGGGGUUUAGGUAGAUCAUUGGGGGGAGAAGGAGUGCUGGCCACACGCUCUAUGAGUGUUUGGACAUCUAUGAUAAGUGUGCUCUUUGACAGUGAUGAACUGUUCGAUGGUGAAGUGUUUAAAUGGACUGAACUGAGUAAAGAGGACUCAUCAGCACCUCCCCCUUUUUUUUUGGCUCACCGACAGUGAAGACAAGCACGGGCCUCCUGAGUUGAUGCGGACUCAGUACGGCUGAUCUCUUUCCCGAGACCCCAGGGUGGCGUCUUGUUUCAUGGAGACAGGGAAGUGUUUGCAUUUGAAUUCAUUUCAAUGUUGUACAUGUGUGGGUAUGAGUGUGUAUGUCUUUGUAAAUGAGUGUUUGCUUUGAAAGUUUAUAUGAACAUGAUUUUGUAUUUUCUGAGCUAGGGGGAAACUGAGUUGAUCUUGAAAUGAUUUGUGUGAACAUGAUUUUUUAGAUGACGCUGUUUGCCCUAGUGAAGGCCUACGGGUUAAUGUUUGAUGAACUAAUUCAAAUGUCCUUUAUAUGUAGUUCUCUUUUUCUGAAUAGCAUAGUCAAUAAAGUAAGCAAAGUUCUUUGGUGUUGAUACACCUUUUGUCCUCCAUAAAUGUCUGUUUGAACCUCUCUAGUAAAAUUGGAUAUAAAAUAUAACAAACUGAUAAUGUGUUGGAAAAAUAAACAAAGGCAGAGACUUUGAGACAAAAGAACAGAGAGAUAUCAAAGGUCUGUCUUACCGUGCUCCUUAAAGCCUGAAUGACAAAUAAUGAGAUCAGGGCAGACACACAUGCAGUCUAAACCACAUCAUGGUAAACAAUGAUUUAACUUCCCCUUUCUGAGUGAGUCCCUUGGUUUUGUGGCCAAAAAACAAAAAAAAAAAAAACUUUGAAAAACACUUUGAAGAACUUACUUUACAUGUAUGGAUGAAUAGAUGAAUACACAGACAGCAGGCCAGAGAGAAAGAGACUGACAGGUAUUUAGGUAAGAUGAUGUAAAGGUCUGUUCCAACACACAUAUAUAAAAAUAACAUUUCCAUCAGUGUACCAACAACUGACUUUAAUCCAAAUCUCUCAUGCCAUAAAAGCUUAAUCCAGAAGGAAGUCUUUCUGGGAAAAACAUGAGGCGUGUUUGUGUUUAAGCCCCGCCUCCAGAUACUGAAGUCUGAUGACAUUUGAGGCUUCAGAUUCGUCCCAAACACCUGAGAGCAUCGUUCACCUGUGGACAGAACUAAAACAGCUGAGGACAACAACACUUUAACUACAUGUCAUAUACUUUGUGGGAACACCUCAUUUUCAGAUCUGUACAGCCAUUUUCUUCACACACAAGCUAUCUUAAAACAGAACAGACAUGGUCACGCCAUCUACAGAGAAAUCAAAUGCACCAGUCUGCAGGUUAAGACAAUGUGUAUUACUACUGGCUUGUUUUCUUUGGACAUCAUAUUGUUUGGCUCUAUGGGCAAUGAAUGGUGGGAUCCACAUAAAACAAUUCCAGCCCCCCAGACCGAAACCAGUUCCUCGAAAUAAAAAUUCAUCCACAAUAUCCGCAUCUGACAUGGGAAUCAGUGAUGAGGAGUGGGAAAGACUACAGAAGGUUAUUGAGUGGCCUGGUCCAGAUCAAGAAAUCACUCAUCUGAAUCAGAGCACAAGUCCAGUCCACUCGUCUUUCUCUGUUGUGGGACUCAAAGAGAGUUACAAAGUGGGAGAAAAGAUCUCUGUUACUAUCACAGCCAGAGACCACAACAAGAACCUGAAACGAUAUGGAGGAGAUUUUUUCAAAGCAAAACUUUUCAAUUCAGAGCUAAAGGCGAGUGUGUAUGGGGAGGUUGUGGAUCAUCGUAAUGGGACUUACUCUGUUAAUUUCCUUCUGCCCUGGGAAGGUCAGGCACAAGUUUUUGUACGUCUUGAGCACUCCAGUGAGGUUGUGCAGAUUCUUAAAAAAUACAGGGACUCUUCAUUCCCACGCACCCACUAUCAAGGCUACUUUGAAUCAGGACCCAGUAAAACCAGGAUCCGUGAAGUAGUAGAAUGUAAUCUUAAGUGGGGUGCAGAUGGAAGUUGGAGGAAAGGCAACUGCUGCUGUGAGUAUAAGGAUAUAAGAACAGGGACGGUGUGGCAGUGUGAGAGACCAAAGACACUUUCUUGUGACAAACUGGUUCAUCACUCAUAUGGACGUUUGGAAAACCCAUUAAAUCCUUUUGAGCAGCAGCUUUUUGCAGCGUGGGUGGAAAUUAACAAAUGUUGCUAUCAGUGGAGACAAAAAAAUCCUAAAUGUCCUUUCCAGCACUGCAGCCAAUGGUAUGUUUACCAUCUCGUUUCCUGUUUGGAAAGAAGCUUAAAUUCAGAAAAUGGAGAACUACAGAAAAUGGAAUUAGGCUUUAGAUCUCUUUUUAUAUUUAUUGUUUACAAAUGGGUUCAUGGCAUGGAUAUUUGAUUUGCUAACAUUAUUUCAAUUUUUGCUUUCUGAUAUCUGUGCAAAGACUUGAACAAGCUGAUUAAACCCAAUGCAUCAAAGUGAACAUUCUUGCACUCCAUCUGUCCUAACGACAGACUCAAGCAUGGUGAUGUCUUGCUCUGGAGGUGGUGUUUAUGCAAACGACUUCUGCUAGGAGACAUCACCUUGCCCCAUUGAAUCCAAAAUGAGACAUUUUUGGAGCUUGAUUAAAUAAAUGCUUUGUU